AGUUAUUCUCUUUUUGUGGAUUGUUUUGUUUUCCUUGUCUUUGACAAUUCACUACUUGCCCUGUGAUUUCGCGAUGAGCAACUCUAACGGCGAGAGCGACGCCGUUUUGGGAUCUUUCGCGAAGCGCGAGAAGCUCAUCAUCGACACCGACCCUGGCAUCGAUGAUAGUAUCGCGAUCUUGAUGGCGUUUCAAUCUCCGGAGUUGGAGAUCCUGGGCUUGACAACAAUAUUUGGUAAUGUUACUACAGAAGAUGCCACUCGCAAUGCUUUGCUUCUGUGUGAGAUCGCAGGGUUUCCAGGUGUUCCGGUGGCAGAGGGCAGCUCUGAGCCUCUAAAGAGGGGAAGGCCACCUGCUGCUUACUUUAUUCAUGGUUCUGAUGGGUUGGGGAAUGCAUUUCUACCUCCUCCAGAGGUAAAGAAAAUUGAGAUGAGUGGCUCUGAAUUUAUGGUCGACAAAGUCUCUGAAUGUCCUGGUGAAGUAUCUAUACUUGCACUUGGACCCCUCACAAAUUUAGCUCUGGCAAUCAAGAGGGACUCUUCCUUUGUCAGCAAGGUGAAGAACAUUGUCAUACUUGGUGGUGCUUUCCUUGUAUUGGGAAAUAUAAAUCCUGCUGCUGAAGCAAAUAUCUAUGGCGACCCAGAGGCAGCAGAUGUUGUGUUCACCUCUGGAGCAAAUAUUGUUGUUGUCGGAAUAAACAUUACAACCCAAGUCAAAUUUACAGAUGCUGACAUCCUUGCAUUGAGGCAAUCCAAGGGGAAGUAUACUCAAGUCCUAAGUGACAUGUGCAAAUUUUACAGAGAUUGGCAUGUCAAGACUGAUGGUGUCUACGGGAUUUUCCUUCACGACCCUGUCAGUUUUGUAGCACUAGUCCGUCCCGAUCUCUUUACAUACAAGAAGGGAGUUGUUAGGGUUGAAACACAAGGCAUCUGCCUGGGGCAUACGCUUAUGGAUCACGAAUUAAGUAGAUGGGAUACAGACAACCCAUGGACGGGAUAUUCUCCUGUUUCAGUUGCUUGGACUGUUAAUGUGGAGGAAGUUCUUAAUUAUAUUAGAAAUUUGCUGAUGAAACCAUGAAAGCAAGGGCAUAUGGUCUCCUUCUUCCAGAAAGAUGCUAAAGCCAAAAAAGAAGUUGGGGUGACAUAGCGGAAGACUAAGUAACAAUAAUCAGAGGCGUCUGCGUCUUCUGACCAAAAGAUAAAACAAGCCCCCGCAUGUUUAAAAUAAAAAGAUAAAUUAUAAAGAGUUUUGAGAGAAAUCUCUAAUUUUUAAUAAUUCAA